AUGGGAAAUGACACUCAGACGAAUGAUUGUUAUAACAAUUUAAAUGACAUUUUAGAAAUAAAUGGCAAAAUAACUUCCAAAGAUUUGGCAAUAGGAAUAAUCUUCUUGUCACAGGCUAUCAUUGGUGUCUUGGGCAAUUUCUUUGUACUUUGGCAUUAUAAUUUCAUUUUCCAACGUGGAAGGAGGUUAAGGCCUACAGAUGUGAUUCUGAAGCACCUUUUUGUGGCCAACUCCUUAGUUCUUCUCUCUGGAGGAGUUCCUCGAACAAUGGCAGCAUUUGGAUUGAAACUUUUUUUCAAUGAUUUUAAGUGUAAAAGUCUCCUGUACAUUGAGAGAGUGGGCAGGAGGGUGUCAAUGGGUACCAUCUGCCUCUUGAGGGUCCUCCAAAACAUCAUGAUCAGCCCCGUGAACUCCUGCUGGAAGAAUGUUAAAGGCAAAGUUCAAAAGUAUAUUGGGUUCUCCCUUGGAUCAUGCUGGAUCCUAAACAUAUUGAUCAAUUUAAUUAUUCCCCUGUAUGCAUGGUAUUCAUAUGUACAUGGUUAUGACAGAAUCAUGAAAAAGCAAUUGAAUAUAGGAUACUGUUGUCUUAUUGACUAUGGGCUAGCCAUUGGCUCAAUCUAUAUAACAGUAGUAGUUUUUCCUGAAGUUUGUUUUUCUCUGCUUAUAGUCUGGGCCAGUGGCUCUAUGGUUUUCAUCCUGUACAGACACAAGCAAGUGGUUCAACAUAUUCAUGUGGCUAAUACUUCCUUAAGAUCCCCUGAGUCCAGAGCCACACACAGCAUCCUUUUAUUGGUGAGCACCUUCAUAUCUUUUUACACUGUGUCCACCAUCAUUCAAAUUUCUAUUACCCUCACUUAUAAUCUCCGUUUGUGGUUAGUGAAUGCUUGUGAUAUCAUAUCUGCAUGUUUUCCAACCAUGAGUCCCUUUCUGAUCAUAAGCCAGGAUUCCUCUAUAAUGAGGCAUUGCUUUGCCUGCACAAGGAACACAAAACUUUUCGAUCUUUUCUGA